AUGUUGACUAGACUACGGCUUAAACGGGACUUUAAAUUAUUUGUAAGAUGUUUAUCCGAAAAGCCACCAGAAAGCGAAGGCAAUUCAACAAAUUUACAAACAAAAAAUCUAGAGGAACAGAAGAAAAAUACAAAAGACACUCAAACAGAGAAAAUUCAAGCUCUCUUGAAAAGUAUGAUGACGGCGCCCAAAAUAAGCGAGAGCGAGUAUAGGCAAAAGUUUGCAACGGCUCCUGAGAUACCAAAGAAACGAAAGCAAAAGGCAAAUGAAACUGAAGAGAAAACUCAAAAUAUAGAACAGAACCUUACUAAAGCAGCAGAAGAAGUUGCUCAAGCAAUGGGUGGAGAUGUAAAACAAACUGAAGCAGAGCUAUUAUCGAGAGUACUUGGAAAAAUAAACCAGACCUCUACAAACUUAAGUGACUUACUGAUAGGAAUGAAGGUGGACCGAUCAAAGGAUGGAGAUGAUGUCAUAAAUAGGGAAACCAGAGGUCAACAAGUGAAACGACUUGUAGAAAAAUCUCAAUCAGAAGCUCCGAAAACAAGAUACAACCAAAGAAAGCAAAAAACAGCAACUGAGAGACAAACUGUUAAAAAAAGUUUACCUGCAUCUUCAGUAGUGAAUGUAUUCAGUGGGGAACCUUUAGGUAUCUUCAAGCCUAAGGAAGUAAAUUAUGGCACUAAGCUUGAAAUGUGGGAAACUUUGAACCAAAGAGAGUUGAAUUUAGCAACAUUACAACCGCCAGCUAAUUAUUUCCAGAAGAUGAUACUUUGGACAGAACAGGGCAAAGUCUGGAAAUUUCCUAUUAAUAAUGAACAAGGUCUGGAGGAAGAGGAAGAUGUUCACUUCUCUGAGCACAUAUUUCUUGACACCCACCUCGAAGGCUGGUGUCCCACGCGUGGGCCUAUUCGUCACUUCAUGGAAUUAGUCUGUGUGGGUCUUUCAAAGAAUCCAUUCUACACGGUCCAAGAGAAGAAAGAUCACAUUAUGUGGUACAAAGAAUAUUUUGAAUCGAAAAAAGAUUUAUUAACUGAAGUGGGGGCAUGGGAUGCACAGCCUGUAGACAAAGAGGCGUCUGUAUAA